AAAGCAGGUUAAAGCGGGAAUACACUGACGAAUGCGUCUAGUUUGGCAUCUUUUAUUAGCUUCGAAUAUAAGCAAGAAGUGAAGACAACUCGACUCUCAUCUUUCGCCUUUUCAAAUGGCUUCCUACACGGACAGAAUGAAGGGAAUCCAGGAUGUGGAUUAUGAAGAGGCGUUUAGAAACGUGAAGGAUGAUUUGCGCUACCAGUUAAUCUGGGUCUACUUCAAAGACGAGCCAGAUUUUGUAAAGAUUAUUGAAGAUGAUGAUGCAUAUGACCGGAUUUAUGCUGAGGUUCUGGACAGCGAAGGAUUCCGAGACGAGUAUGCUUUGCAUUGCCGUCGUCGUUACGUGGUCCGUUUUAUUGGAGUUCUUUACGAGUACGGCGAGAAAUUUCCUCCUCGAAUUGGAAAUCGCGUCGCGAUGGAACUCGGAGUCAAGAAUAUCUCGUACUACCUCAAACGUUCUCCAGAUUAUAAUUUGACCAAUCUUCAGCGACUGAAGUUUUAUAACAAGGCUCUUAAGAUGGAGAUGAUGAUGUUGCAGGAAGAUCUGGAAUGGAACGAUGAUCUUAAUGAUGAUAUGUUCAAUGAAAUACAACGUUUUGAAAGAAAUGUGGAGCGCGAGAGAGAAGAAAAUGAGAGGCUACUUCUCAAAGGCAAAGCUAGGAAGGCAGAAAUUGAAUUGCUCGAGUUUCGACUUCUGAAAGAGUUUGGUGUUGAACCGCAAAAAGAGGCGAGACAGAAGAAAGUUAAGAAAAUUCCACCAAAGCGAAAAGGCGACAAAAAAGACGAAGAUUUGGGCAAGAAGGCUGGCGCUGGGAAGUCUGGGGCCAGUCGAGGAUUUACUAAAAUUUCCGAAGAUUAAAACUCACAAGAAAAACUUCACUGAAAUGAACUUCAUAAAAUAUUAUUAUCCAAUGAAAAGAACUCUGCAUUUAAGGACAAAUCUUAAGAAUUAAAGCACUGACUCAUUUCUUCAACGUUUUCCAC